AGACAGCGGAUCUAAAUAUUUGGAUCAUCCUGCACAAUUCAGUUCUGACAAAUCCAAGGAAAUGUUAUCAAAUGGUCGCAAGCUGAAGAAAAGCAGCCUCGGCAGUCGAGCUCAUGGCCCUGUAAGUACCAAAGCAGCAUGUCCCAAAUAUUUUGUUGAAAAUCCAGGUGUUCUGAGUGACUCGGAUGAGGCUGAUAAUGAAGUAGAGAAGCUCACUGCUUUGUCUUUCCAGAGCCUCUCAUGUCCCCAGGGAAGUUACCUAGAUAUGUAUAGUUCCAGUAACAGGACAUCAUCCAGCUUAUCCAAUUCCUUGCCAGAAGAUUGUAAUGGAAUGAACAGGUGGCCAGCAUGCAGUGAGCAAAGGAAAACAGUGGUAGCUGGCCAUGCUAAAGGAGGCUGGCAAUUCUCAGGAGCCAGCAAAGCCCCAGAAACAGAACUGCUCAGUGGUGUGUUGGGAAAAGAGCACUUUGAAUGCAUUGAUGUCACACUAGAGAAUGCCGAUGGUAAAAAGAGCCUCUCUAAAAAGAGAAUGGUGCCCAAACGCCAGAUCCAGUUGAGACGGAAGGAGAAGAAGGAGAUUGGCUUCUGUGCUGCUGGUGAAUGUGCCACCCUCCAGGCAAGGAACCAAGGAACCCAAUCCAGGAAAGAGUCAUGCGUGAAAGGGAGGAGUAUCAGCGAUGAGUUUAGGAUUAAUUAUAAACAAUUUCUGAAAGCAGCCUCUUUAAACAAUGCUUACAACAAAACGCGGCUUGCUUCAAGUUUGGUGAGAAAUGUUUUGGCUAAAAAAAUGCAGUACGAACAAAGAAUUAAAAUGGAACAAGCAUCUAUCCAGGGCAGCUCAACCUCUUCUGUCCCUUCCUCUGUAAGUACUGAUAUCCAAGGGGACAGUUUAGAAGGCAAGUCAAGUUCAUUGUCCAAAUCAGACUGCAGCUUUUCAACUGAGGAUAUGCAAAGUCAUUCCACCACCAGUGAGAAGUCUGAAUCCAUUGCAGUGAGCAAAGACAGCAUGGAUGGCUUGAGGCCAACCAAGGGAGUUGUGCUCAACGAGCAACUAAGGGAAAAGGUUUGUAAACUGAAAAACACAUUUAAUGAACUGAAUGAGAGGAUGAAAUAUCAAGAAGCCACUCAGCUGAAGAGGCUCCCUAUCUUGGCAGAGAGUGGUGUGAAUAUGAUAGAGACAAACAAAAUCAGAAAACAGGUUUCUGGGGAAAGAAAAGAAUACAGGAGAGCUCGAGCUGUGUUUGAAUCUAUGCAAGCCGAUACAAAAAGCUUGGCAGCAGUUCCAAAAUUUGCAAAGCCACAAAAGCCUUGGCCAAACCUGAAACAACGAGCUAUUCGUCAGAACAAGCAUACACAGUCCAAAGAAGAAAUGUUUCCCAUUAAGCCUAAAAGCCUCAUGGUGCCCAAAGAUGCUCCAAGCAACAUCUUCACAUCCAAAACCAAAGAAAUGAAGCUCAUCCCUCAGAUCAAGAAUGAACACAGUAUUCCUCAUGCUCCUAGGCACCCACCUUUAGACAGAAUUUCCAGUGAUAGGAGGUUGCCUACAUUUCAGAGCAUGAAACUUUCAUCUGUCACAUUUCCAUCUUCCAGCAAGACACACAGUGAAAAAUCAAAUUGCCUGAAAAAAUCUUGCACGGAGAAGACUACUCAGAUGGAAAGUAAAGGGAAGAUAAGAAUACAUCCUCCCAGAGAUGUCAGAAAAUUGGUGAAUGACAGCUACAGCCAUGCCCUUAAAUCCUCAGACAGCUCCAGUGUAGACCAGGCUUCCUAUUCAGAAAGCAAGAGUGAGAACAACUUAACUGUGUUGCCAAGGGAUUCCAUGGCCAUCUCACCUCUGUUCAUACAUUGUACCUCAAUAUGUCGGAAAGAUGAUUCUCAAACAGUAAACUCUAUACAGGAGAAAAAGGAAGACCAAGCUGAGGACCUUGAUCUUUCAGCACUUUCUCUACUUGAUGACAGCACAAGUGGCAGGGAGUCCAGUGACAAUUUUUAUCCCACAGGACAGUUACAUGAAAACAAAGCUGCUGGUCAUCCAGAAAACAAAUGCUCUGCAGUGGGGGAAUCUCCAGUGCAUAUCACUACAAUUCAGUCAAAGAAGCUUGUUGCUGAAAAUAAAGAGUGUCAGCCCCAGGUUGAAAAUAAACCGGUACCUUACGAGCGGAGUGAAUUAAAUGUCAGACCUUCUUCUUCAGCUGCCAAGAAGGAGUCUCAGCUUAAUAUCAAAGUCAACAGCUCCAUUUCCAAACAGUCACACAAAACAGAGACUGAUUAUUUCCCUGCUUCAAGUUGUUCCACACUUGAUGAGAGGACCAUAAGAGAAGCGUUGCCACAGUCUAAUCAUAGCUUGUUGAGAGAAAACAAAGCUGUGGUUUCAUCAGAGGCCAUUGUUAUUCCAUCCACUGCAUCUCUUCAAGAAAUCACAAGGAGAGAUCAUGGUUCCAUGACCACAAGCCAUAUUCAGGAGCCUUGCAAAACCCAGGAGUUGCCCUAUCCAAAACAUUUAUCCAGCGAGGUCUUUUCAGUGGCUCCCAGAGACACUAGAGAUUUGUCUAGUUUUUUGAAAGAAGAAAAUAAAUUCUCCGAAUCUGCAUCAUCCCGUGAGAGCUGCAGGCACUCACAGGCAACAAGCACCCAAAAUAUUCAGACACAGACUCCAACAAGUCACCAUGUUGUUGACAGUGCAACUGAAACUAAAGGACUUGAAGACACCAGGCCUUUGGAAAGGCACAACAGGAUACAUUCAGAAUACAUUUCAGACAGUCCACAAACAAGAGAGUAUAGUGAAGGAAUCAAGGUAAUAUCAAACUCAUCUUUUACACCAUCAGCCUCUUGUAAAAAGCUCCCUGAUUCAGGGUGUGAUUAUUUUAAUAAUAAACCACAAAUGGCAAAUGAACAGUAUUUUUCAGCUACUCAAGCUGACAACACAAAUUACUUAACAAUUCCUGUGAAAGCCCAGCAACCUGAAGCACCCGCUAAGUACCCCCUUACAUUGCCCAUGGAUAAUACCUCUUUCUCUUCUAAUGUCUCUUUCCAGCCCAGUGGAGAAGCAUCAGGAAAUAAAAUAAGCAAUGAGUUUUACCCACCAAAACAAAUGGAAAGGAAAGCAGCCUCUGAUAAUGUGUUGUAUCCUAAUAACCCAAGCCAUAGUCAACUCCCCUUGAGACUUGAAGAGUCUCCCAAUUUCACAAGAAGAAAUGAAAGGACUUCGCCAUCUGGUAAGACUGCUCCAAGCCCAACUAGGCACUUUGCUGCUCCACCACUACAAGCGCAUCGAAAAAUGUUAGUUGAUCCAGAGAGUGGGAAAUGCUAUUAUGUGGAAUCACCAAGGCAGCCUCAGUUGAAGAUGCUUUAUGAUCCAGAGACAGGGCAGUACAUUGAGGUGCUGAUACCACCAGUCCCUCUGACCUCACAUGGUGGGCUUUACCAGUCUCCAUUCUCUUCAGUGGUCAUGAACGCAGGAGGUUAUGGACCACCAUACAUGUCAUAUUCUGGAUUUCCGGGUUUCCCUCCUCCCCCUCCAGCUGCGCCACCUGCCCAUCUGGAUCUUCAAGACCAGCAACCCAUUCAAGACAACGCAAACAUUACUGAAAGCUUCAACCAUUUUUCAAAGAAUGAAGCUCCCCCACCUGCCCAGACUGCUGAUGGAAACUACAUGGAAAGUUUAUAUUAUAUUCCCACUGGGAUGAAUUCAAGUCCGAAUCCUAAUCAAGCUUUGUUUUCCCCAACCACAAAUUCUGGCCCUUCUUUGCCUGAAAAGGGAUCUUUCUUUAGAGUGUGACAACAAAUUUAACAACAUCUGUAAAGAGGAUGCUAUAUUUUAGAUCAUUCUCCCCCACCCACCCACCCCGUUUUUAAAGGUGAAGCCAAAUUUCAUUCCUUAGAAGCUGGAAAAAACUAAUGUCAGGAAAGUGGAAGCUUGGUUGUUUUUUGUUCAUUUUGUUUAGUUGCGUGGGCUCCAAAGGAUUCAAAGGACAUUAAGCAUUUAUAGCUAACAGAUCACUUGCUUGAUGGUGUUCAUUAAGUAGAAACAUCCUGAGCAAUAAUGGGCCACGUUCUGGUGCUAAUUGAAGUCAAUGGGAGUUUUGGUAUUGACAUCAGGGGACCAGGAUACAGGCUUUAAGAUUUUCAUUUCCAGUUGUUUGUUUCUUGAAGCAUACUAUUUGCAGUAUAAUAUUCUAAUGCUAAGUCUGCUCCAGAGGAGUCCAUUUAUUCACAACUCUUGGCUCUUAUGUGGGAAAUUAAAUGUUCAACCAAACUUUUUUUUUUUAGUUGUGAUACUUUUAUAUAUGCACAAACCAACAACAGCUCCAGGUACCACUGAUUGUUAACAGGACCCCACUUCACCUUUCCAUCACAUACCAGUAUAUUGUAGUAACAGGGCCACAAAUACCCCCAACACAGCCAGCUCAGAAAGCAGGGAGCGGUAGUGAAGUGCUGGAGGACAGGACCUUUGUGUAUGCUGUGUAGCCUUCCCAGUGCCCCCUAAACUAGCCUGGUGCAUUGGAGGAGGCUGUCCUGUCAUCUAGGUUGAAGACAGAUUCAGCUGCCAGUCUGGUCAACUUCUGUGUGUGAAACUAGGGAGGGGAAGCACCAUUUGUUGUCCACCUCAGGCAGCAAAAUGUCUCAGCCCAUUUUGCCCUACCUUGUUGGAUUCUAGCGGCAUAAAUACUGUGAGCAUAAUAACACAUUAUGUACUGGGCAGCCUGAGAGUGGAAGGCCUAACAACUCCCUUGAACUUCAUCUUUGACCAGAGCUCCACACUGAAGAGGCAGAUCUCCAGAGCCCAGUCUUGACUUGGGUGGAUUUUCUUGCUGUUGUAAAACAAAACAAAACAAAAGAACAAAAACCCCCCACAGAACGGCAAGGUAGAGAAGGAAUCCGCAAUGAAGAAUGGAAUAUGAUGCAGGAUCCCUCACAAAUGGAGGAAAACCAUCUGACACAGAAGUGAAAGGGAGCAGAAGGGAAAUGCUUUCACUAAGGAACCAGCACGAUGGUUGUUCACAGCUUUCUAGUGGAAUAAAACAAUAAUAUGAUGGUAAUGCUAAAGGCUGUUUCUUAGAACAAAUCAAGAAGCAAGAUGUUGGAGUUUGGUUCAUGGGCCCUGGAAGGACAGGACCAGUGGCAGAGGGGACCAGAUCUGUCUCACACAGCUCUGCCUCUCCACAUGGGCUAAUGUUGUCAUGAAAGCUAACUGAUAAGGUAGAGGAGAGGCCUGUUUUCUAGGGGCUAGUCUACACAUAACUGUAUUAUCUGAACUGCUGCAUGUUUUCGCACAUUCGUAUCAACCUUUAAUUGUCUUCACUUUCCUCCACAAAUUCAGAUCUACAAUUGUCCCUCCACAUUUGCUGGGGUUAGAGGUAAAGGACUCCUGUGAAUAUGGGAAAACUGCAAAUA